AUGGAUGGAGCUGAACUCUGCUUCCCAGAGCUCCUCAACACCUCCUGCAGUAAACCAAACUAUUCUCCCUCUCAUUUGAAGUUCUUUUUUAUUAUUGUUGAUGUUCUUUCUUUUCUCACAAUGAUUGUUAACUUGCUGGUCAUCAUUGCCAUCAUGCACUUCAGGCAGCUUCACACCUCCACAAAUGUCCUAAUUGUGUCUCUGGCUUUCUCAGAUUUCAUCAUGGGUUUCCUUCUGUUCUUUCUGGUUUUCAAGAUAGACGGCUGCUGGUAUCUUGGCAACAUCAUGUGUGUUUUGUACGUCGUCUUAGGUUUUAUUGUUGCAUCUUCCUCGGUCGGAAACAUGGUCCUCAUUUCAAUUGACCGCUACGUAGCCAUCUGUGAUCCUUUACAUUAUCCCACUAAGGUCACUCUAAAACGAACCCAAGUGUCUGUUUCUGUGUGUUGGACUUGUUCUCUUGUUUAUUCCACUGUGAUUUUAAAGGAGGAUCUGCAACAACCAGGCAGAUUUAAUUCCUGUGUUGGAGAGUGUACAUUUGAGAUAGGCCUCACAGGAUUUAUUGUUGAUCUCCUAUUAACUUUUCUUCUUCCUGUUACUGUCAUCAUUAUUCUGUAUGUUACAGUCUUUGUGGUGGCCGUGUCUCAGAUUCGGGCCAUGCGCUCUCAUGUUGCAGCCGUCUCACAUCAGCGUUCAGGAAAACCGAAGAAAUCUGAAAUAAAAGCCGCCAGGACUCUUGGGGUUGUUAUAGUUGUGUUUCUGCUGUGCCUUUGUCCGUAUUUUUGUGUCUCAGUUCUGAGCCCAGAGAGUAUAUUCAGUAGUUUAUCAGGUGCCUAUCUCCUAAUACUAUACUAUGUUAAUUCCUGUCUAAACCCUCUGAUCUAUGCAUUAUUCUACCCCUGGUUUAGAAAAUCUGUCAAAAUUAUUGUUACACUUAAAAUUCUCAAGUCUGGCUCCUCAGAUGCAAACUUACUGUAA